CUUGAUGUUCGAGCUCUGAUCCGUGAAGCUCUCCAUGCGCACGUCCUCCCGGAGACGGAGUCUGGACGGACUGUGAUGUGAACGCUGCUGAUCAGGCUGGAUCUGGUCUCAUGAGCCGGUGGUGUCUUCUGCUGUGGAAUUCUGUUUUCGCUUUGAAAACUGCUGCUUGGACAAAUGCAUACAAAUGCAUUUAGGAGCCCAACGGACAAGGAGUGGACAAGUUUCUCCCACAACGACAACGAGAUUCCUCGUCCUCCUCCUGUCAACAUGUGUGGCGCUGCUGUCAGCAGAAGAGCCAUCAGCAGCUCCAGGUGUAGACCUUAUUCAUCAGCUGGGCCUUUCGGGUCGCAGAGACAUACACUCUUCCGGGACACCUUACCUCACCUCCCUUGCUUCAUCUCUGUCCAUCCUGCCCCCUGGUUUUGGGGUUGUCCUCGGACAGGAUUCCCUUAUUGAGGCCCCAUCGGUGGACCUGCUCCCCGCAGGCGUGGAGGAGGAGUUUUCUAUCAUAGUGAGUUUAAGCUCCUGGCGAGCGAACAAUGCCUUUAUUUUUAGUGUGCGUGAUGGCAGGGACAGACUGCAGUUCGGCUUGCAGCUCCUGCCCGGAAGGGUAGUGGUUUACACGGGAGAGAAAGCGUCAAUCUACUUCAAGUACGAUGUUCAAGAUGGACAGUGGCACUCCUUCUCUGUGGGGGUCCGGCCACGCUCCGUAUCUUUCUAUGCACGCUGCGGGGCUGUGCAGUACGGCGAGGAAACGCUGACCCGUCCACAGACGUUGAGCUCUGAAGGCCGCCUCUCUGUGGGAAGGAUGGACUCCAGGAUGGUGCAGUUUGAAGGAGCAUUAUGCCAGCUGGAUAUUUACCCCUCCGCCCAAGCUGCGGUGCACUACUGUGACUAUGUUAAAAAGCAGUGCAGACUGUCCGACACCUUCCGAUCUCUGUCAGGGAGCUCAGAGUCCCCAUUUCCAUCAGUUUCACCUUCCCCAAAGUUCCACCGCAGCUCUUUGGAUUCACUCUCUCAGAGAUUUAUCCCAACUCUUGCUGAUCACUCCACUACGGCCACCAACUCUAUUCCCACAGCACUUUUUGACCAGUUUUCAACCACAAGCUCUCAGAUGUUUCGCUCCAACACACCUAGGCACAUGAACCCAUCUUCAAGACCAUUCAGCAAGGUGCAAUCCCUCUACUUCACUCCAGAGACUUCCACGAGCAACCCCACAACAGACAAGAACCUUGACGGUGAAAAUGUCACUGAGAAUCAGCCACUUCUCAAGAAGCCCAGAGCAACUCGGGCCACGCCGGAUUUGAUCACCAUCGUCAAGCAGAGCCGUUUGAAAGAGGCCUUGAGGAAUGACGAUAGAGCCCACCAAUCCAACAAAGAGCUACUCCAGACCAAUCCUAAAGUGAACAGCACCAUCCUGUACCGUGAAGAGAGCAGCUACAACCUGGUGGACCAAUCUGAGGAACAGGUCCAGGAGGGGGUGCACGAUGCAGGAUACUCGGAGGGUUACGGAUACGACUAUGGUUUUGAAGAAGACGAAUAUUUUUUUGACUACGAUGGAUUUGUUGGUCCUAAAGGAGAACAGGGUCCUCCAGGUCCCAUCGGCCCCCCAGGCCUCCCCGGACCCCCUGGAAAGAGAGGACCGCGGGGUCCACCUGGUCCUCACGGGAGUCCCGGGCCGUCUGGUUUACCUGGUCCAAAGGGUGCAAAAGGUGAUCCUGGACUGUCCCCAGGUCAAGCGCCGACGGGCGAUAAGGGUGAAAGAGGACGGCUGGGUCCACAGGGUCCUAGAGGUGAACCAGGUCUAAAGGGUCCCAAAGGCUAUCCUGGACCAGCAGGUCUGCCCGGAGAACAGGGUUUGCCAGGAUUGCCGGGCAUAUCUGGGGCGGCAGGUUACCCUGGCAGGCAGGGUUUGGCAGGACCGGAGGGAAACCCUGGACCUAAAGGUGUCAAUGGCUUCAUCGGACCUCCAGGAGUUGCAGGACCGCCAGGACUGGAGGGAGAGCGAGGAAUUCCGGGUCCUGUGGGAAUCAAGGGUCCCAAAGGAAGACAGGGUGUUGUUGGCGAUGUGGGUGAGCGAGGGCCGCCCGGACCGGAUGGAAACGAGGGGCCCGUUGGAGGAACCGGCAGUAGUGGAUUCCCAGGCCUGAGAGGUGAUCCGGGGCCUGAGGGACCCCGUGGCUUCCCUGGCAUUGUGGGACCUCAGGGCCUGACCGGAGGGGUGGGGCCUCCUGGAAUGAAAGGUGAUAAGGGUGAACCUGGAUUGAGGGGUGAGCCGGGAGAAACUGGUUAUCAGGGUGACAAGGGAACGGCUGGUAAUCCAGGGCCGACGGGACCACGCGGAAAACCAGGACCUCUCGGGAAACCGGGUGAACCGGGGCCGCAGGGGCCUCCGGGGCCAACAGGACCUGAGGGUUUCCCAGGAGACAUUGGUGCACCAGGACCCAACGGCCCCCUGGGACCAAAGGGUCUUCAAGGAGCCCGAGGCGCCCAGGGACCACCAGGGCCAAAAGGAACAGAGGGAGACGAAGGCCCCCCGGGUCCACCUGGAAAGCCUGGUCCCACUGGCCGAAUUGGUCGGAAAGGAUUCAUUGGUGAACCAGGACCUGAAGGCCUGAAGGGAGAAAUUGGUGACCCAGGGAAUCCUGGGAAACACGGCCCCCCUGGUCCGGCGGGACUGAUUGGAAUAACCGGAGUGAUCGGACAACCUGGAGAAAAGGGCGAUCGAGGUCCUCCUGGUCCUUUGGGUCCUCCAGGAGAGAAAGGUUCAACAGGGUAUCUGGGUCUUCCAGGAGGUCCUGGGGAUUUCGGCCCACAAGGUCCACCAGGUCCACAAGGGCCGAGAGGAGCAGCAGGCCUUCCCGGGCCGAAAGGGCGAAGGGGCCCGAGGGGACCUGACGGUCCUCCAGGAGAGCCGGGCCCUGAGGGCAUAAAGGGUGAAAAGGGAUCUCCAGGGAACAAUGGACCUCCGGGAUUCAUCGGACCUCCAGGACCUGAAGGAGAGCAGGGACCUGUGGGUGAACCUGGGAUCAAGGGUGAAAUGGGGCCUGUCGGAGAAGAGGGUGAACUGGGCCAACCGGGCAUCAGAGGUCCUCCAGGGCCACCUGGAGAGGAUGGGCAUCAAGGGAAGGAUGGACCAAAGGGUGAGCCAGGUGACCGUGGACCAAUGGGAGAAGCCGGAGAAAGGGGUGAGAUUGGUGACUCUGGCCCACUAGGACCUCCUGGAAAUCCUGGGGAAAAAGGCUUCCCGGGUGAGCCAGGUGACCGUGGACCAAUGGGAGAAGCCGGAGAAAGGGGUGAGAUUGGUGACUCUGGCCCACUAGGACCUCCUGGAAAUCCUGGGGAAAAAGGCUUCCCGGGACCUGAGGGCAAACAAGGUCUGCCCGGCAACCGUGGACGUCCAGGAAAGAAGGGUGAAAAAGGGUUGCCGGGUCACUUGGGAGAGAUGGGCUCACCUGGCGAAAUCGGACAGACAGGGGAGAGAGGACUCAAAGGUGCUCGUGGAACCAGAGGACCCGCAGGUCGACCAGGAGUUAUGGGACCUCAGGGAGAGCCGGGACUUCAAGGUUACACAGGUCACACUGGCAAGCCAGGUCCAGCAGGCCCCCCGGGACCAAAGGGAGAAAAGGGUUAUCCAGGAGAAGACAGUAAAACGGAAGGACCACCAGGGCCCUUAGGUGAACCAGGCUCUUCAGGAGAGAAAGGAGAACGUGGGGAACCAGGAGAUGAUGGAUAUCAGGGUCACGUAGGGGUCACAGGCACCCGUGGAGCGAUUGGUCAGCAGGGAUCUCCUGGAUCUCCUGGGCUUCCUGGUGAAGCAGGACCCAAGGGCGAGAAGGGAGUUCAGGGACUCGCUGGGAAGAAAGGAUCCCGAGGGCCCGCUGGAGCGCCAGGUCCUGAGGGUCCGGUUGGAUUGCCGGGGCCCAGAGGGAUGGACGGGUAUCCGGGAUCCGACGGGCUUCCCGGUCUUCCUGGUUUACUGGGUCUGCCUGGAUCCAAAGGCCGAACAGGUCAGCGCGGCGAUACCGGUCUGGAAGGGAGGGCGGGACUUCCUGGCCCGCGGGGCGAGCUUGGACUUCCUGGUGUCGUCGGAGAGAGAGGGCCAGCGGGGUCAAAGGGCGAGAUGGGUUUACCGGGCGACGGAGGACCAGCAGGUGCUAAAGGCAUGGAGGGGGCGGCGGGAGACCAAGGCGUGAAGGGAGAGCAAGGUGCCAAAGGAGAACCAGGUGAGGUGGGAGACGCAGGCAUGCUGGGACUCCAGGGGUUUCCGGGACCCACGGGUCCGAACGGAGAUCUAGGAUUCACUGGUAUUCCUGGACUCAAAGGGCCGGCGGGAGUUCUGGGUUUCUCUGGUCCUGUCGGUCCGGUGGGAAUGAUAGGUCCGCUGGGGAAGCCUGGUGCCAGAGGACCUAAAGGAAGCCGUGGAGAGAUGGGGCCUCAGGGGCCGCAGGGCAGUCCAGGGCCACAGGGGCCUCCAGGUUUACCCGGCCCAUCGAUACGCGUCAAUAUGGACGCCCAAGCGCUGAUGGAGUCCAAUGCACCUCUAGAGCUGGAGAGUUACCAGAACACAGAUGCGUCUCAGUCGGAGCGGAGCGCUGAGAUCUUCAGGACGCUGCAGUAUCUGAGCAGCGUCAUCGACAGCAUGAAAACGCCGCUGGGAACGAGAGAAAACCCGGCCCGCUUCUGCAGAGACCUGCUGGACUGCAGACACACGAUAAGCGACGAAGCCGGAUGUUUGACUUCACAGGCCGCGUUUGAGGUCGGGAAAGUCCAGAUGAAGUUCUUACACUUGCUGAGCGUCAUGGCGACCCAGACCGUUUCCCUCCACUGCUACAGUGACCCGGCGACGGUUACCAUGGAGACGCCUCGGGCCCUGCGUUUCUGGGGUUGGAACGGUCAGGUGUUCGAGGAAAACUCGCCUCUGAGUCCACGUGUGGUUCUGGACCACUGUGAGAUCCGUGACGGCAGCUGGCACCAGUCGCGAUUCCUGUUUCAAACCCAGGACACUCAGCAGCUUCCCAUCGUGGACAUUCAAGGUGUCCAUCCCUCGCGUCCAGGAGACCAGCGGCACGUGGAAGUGGGUCCUGUUUGCUUCCUGUGAAAUCACUGAAGGACUAAAAACGGUCCUGAUCCUCAAAUCAGAGCAGCGGCGAUCUGAGCGACUGCUGCGGUCCUGGGACGUCUCUAGAACCCGCCUGAAGAACGAGCGCGUCUCCAGCCCGGGACGUCGCUCCAUCCGUGUGUUUUGAGAGACUGCUGUUGUGUUUUAUCUGUUGUGGUUUCUGUUUUCUUCCAUUCAAACAUGCACAAAGUCUCGGGCAGAGUCCUUGUGAAUUGUACGUUCGAUCUUGAAUAGAUAAAGAGCCAGACAAGGUUGAUCUUGUUAGCAAACGAUGAAAAGGCCGACCUGGACUCUCUAGAUGGUGCUCUACCUCCUUCACAUACAGGUGCUCGUGUUCAGGUGCAUCCGGCCCCAAACAAACUCUACGCAAGUACGCCAAUGCAAACUCCAUUUAGUGCAUCAUUGUGUUCUGCAAUUUGUCUUCUACUAUUAGUUUUUCUGUCAGGUCAAGGCUGAGCAACAGUUUGAACGCAGUCUUGCUGAGCAAGUUAAUCAGGGGACGACGUUUAUAACAACACUAUGUUUCCAUCCAUGUGUCUAAAGUGAUUUUUGGCAUAUUACCUAAAGAAUGUUGAAUGGAAACGUCAAGAAGUGCAUAAAAGCAUAAAAAAUUGUGUUUUUGCAUAAAACGCUGGAUGGAAACGGCAAGAAAUGCACAAAAUAUUUCAGUAAAAAAAUUCAGUAUCGUAUAAGAAAAGUGGGAUGGACAUGCCAAGAAUUGCAUAAAAUCCUAAAAUUUUGGAUUAUCACAUAACAAACGCUGGAUGGAAAGAUCAAGAAGUGUAUAAAAUUGUAAAAAAAUGGGGUUU